UGCAGAGUGAGCCAAACGGGAAUUGGCUCCCUACAUGUCCUUAAUCUCACACAGACACAGACACAGACCCCAAAAACUCCCAUUGGUUCUGUCCUUUGCCCCACAAUUGCACAUGAUUUUGUUCCCAAGUCUCACCUUAAAUACCCCCCCCAGUCCACAUACCCUUCAGCCCUUCCACACCAGUACCCUUGACCUCUCCCAACUUUUCUCCAAUCCCAAAUCCUUCCCUGAAACUGUGAUCUCUCCCCCUGCUGCUUGCCCAGAAAGUUCAUUACUUUCUUAAAAAUGGCCAUCAGAAAAUCAAACAAACUGCCUCAAACAGCUGUACUCAAGCAAAUUCUCAAGCGGUGCUCAAGCUUGGGAAGGAAACAACAUGACUACGAUGAACAAGGGCUUCCUUUGGACGUCCCAAAGGGGCAUUUUGUUGUAUAUGUUGGAGAGAACAGAAGCAGAUACAUUGUUCCAAUCUCUUACUUGACACGUCCUGAGUUCCAGAGUCUACUGCAACAAGCUGAAGAAGAGUUUGGCUUCAACCACGAGAUGGGUCUCACAAUUCCUUGCGAAGAAGAAGUUUUCCAAUCUCUAACAUCCAUGCUCGGAUGAAGAUUAGGUCGUGCACUGGGUUUGGUUUUUCUUUUUCUUUUUUUUUGGAGAAAAUGGCUAAAGAUGAAGCUGCUUCAUUGCUUCUCUAUUCCAGUUUUCUCUUUUCAUCUCUUUUUCCUUAUAUUUUAAAGGGAUC